GACUUAGAAAAAUUCUCAGUUUUAAUAGAAACAUUAAACCAAAUAUAUCUUUAGCGCGAUAUAAUUGUAAAUACUUUUAAAUGUGCCUGUAAAGCUGAAUGAACUUCUUCCAGGGUAUUAUAUUUGUUUAAAAUUGAGUGUCUAUGGUAAACUAGUACACUUGAUUUGAAUCUUUGAACGUACUCAAACGCGGGAAUUGCUUGUUGUCUUCAUGUCAGUUAAAUUGAGUGGAUAUUAAUCAUUUAAAAAAUAAUGUCGAAAAGGAAUAGCAUCGGUAAUCAGCGCAAUACACUUUUUAAUUACUUUCAGUCACCUAAAAACAAGUCCCAACAGAAAGAAGAAAGUCCAAAACCUAUUCAAUCCACUUCUAACCUUAAAGAGGAAGAAAAAGAGAAUAAUGAUUCAAUUGAUAACAGUCCACUACUAGUUAAAAAAAAGAGGAAUCGUGUUGUUAAUGACUCAGAUACUGAAGGAGAUGGCUCUCCGAAACGUAGCAUUGAAAAACCAGUGAAGAAACUUAAACUUGAUCAAAGUGAAGAAGAUGACGAAGGUAGUGGUGUUGAUGAUGAAGAUGACAGCUCAAAGAGACUAAAGAAAUUUAAGUUUCAAAAGUCAGAAGAUAAUGCUGAAGGGAGAAAUGUUUCUUCUAUUUCAUCACAGAAACCUAGUAAGGUAUCUACCUGUGUUGAUGUUGGCAAAAGCUUUGAAAAAAACGGAAGUUGGUUACAUAACCGUUUGGAAUUCCUAAAACCAGAAAAAAUUCGUGAUGCUAAAAAACGUCGACCAGAUCAUCCUGAUUAUGAUCCAAAGACAUUACAUGUACCUGAAGAAUUCCUUAAUUCUCAAACACCAGCUCAUCGCCAGUGGUGGAUUAUGAAAGGUUCACAUUUUGAUUGUGUUCUUUUCUUUAAAGUUGGAAAAUUUUAUGAAUUAUAUCAUAUGGAUGCAGUAGUUGGUGUCAAUUACUUAGGAUUUUCUUAUAUGAAGAAUGAAUUUGCCCAUUCUGGUUUUCCUGAAAGUGCAUAUGGAAGAAUGGCAAGUACAUUGGUGGAAAAUGGAUUUAAAGUUGCAAGGAUUGAACAAACAGAGACACCUGAAAUGAUGGCCCAACGAUGUAAAAGUAUAAAACCUACAAAGUUUGAUAAGGUUGUUAGCAGAGAAAUUUGCCAAAUAUCUACCAGAGGCACAUGUGUUUAUGGUCCACAGAAUACAGAUGCCAGACAAGCUAUGCCAUGCUAUAUGAUUGCAAUUGUGAUGAGAGAUUUGCCUAAUUGCCAAAAACGCUUUGGAAUUAGUUUUGUUGAUACUUCAAUAGGUGUUUUUCAUAUAAGUGAGUUUGAUGAUGACAAACAUUGCUCACGAUUCUUGGCAUUGCUUGCUCAACAUCCCCCUGGCUUGAUUUUGACUGAACGUGGAAAUCUGAACUUAAAAGAUUUGGAAUUGUUGAAACGAACAAUCGGGAAUGUACGGCACGAUAUUCUUACUCCAGAAUCUCAGUUUUAUAGUGCCCAAACAACUAUAAAAAAUCUCUCAUGUGGUCCAUACUUUUUAAACAACUCUGGUGAACUGGAAUGGCCAUCAGCAUUCAAUGAAUUAAUAUCAGAUGGAACAUCUAAAUUAGAAUAUGAAUUAGGUUUAAAGGCUUUAGGAGCAUGCAUGUGGUAUUUAAAGGAUUCUCAACUUGACAUACAAGUUUUAUCCCUCAAGAAGUUUCAAAUUUACAGACCAGUUGAUUUAAAUAAUGAUAAAAACAUACAACGCGACUUUAUGGUUAUUGAUGCUGUUACCAUUGAAAAUCUAAAACUUCUUGGAGGUCAGUGUUCACUGCAGAAAGUUAUAGAUCAUUGUGAAACAGCUUUUGGAAAAAGAUUGAUGCAACAGUGGAUCUGUCGGCCUCUUUGCAACGUGGAGAAAAUAAUUGAACGUCAAAAAGCGGUGAGUGAAUUGGUACAUAAGGGAGAGAUGCUUCAAAGUGCAAGAGCUAUUUUAAAACGUUUACCUGACUUAGAAAGACAGUUAGCAAAGAUUCAUACAUUUGGAAAUAAAUAUUAUGCUGAAAACCAUCCUGACAGUAGAGCAAUUUUUUAUGAGUCACAAACGUAUACUAAGCGUCGAAUACUUGAUCUCGUUGAUACCAUAAAUGGAUUUGAUAAAGCUCGAGCAAUUUCAGAAAUUUUUAAGGAUUGCGAAUCUAGAUUCCUAAGGAAACUAACUCAACAUCCUCCAAAGGGAAUGUUUAUUGACUUAUCAGAAGCCAUUCAAUUCUUUGUAAAUGCAGUAGACCUAGAGGAAGCGAAAAAGGAAGGUAAAAUAAUUCCUCAAAGUGGUGUAGACAAAGAUUUUGACAAUGUUAAUGAUGAAAUAUCAAAUUUAAAUAAACAACUGAAAAAAUAUUUAAAGAAACAAGAGGAUUUUUUUGGUUGUUCUAUUCAUUAUUUUGGAACUGACAAAAAGCGCUUUCAAUUAGAAAUUCCCGAAAGCCGAAGUCAUAAAGUCACAUCGGAAUAUAUGUUUGAGGGAGCAAGAAAAGGAAAAAAUGCUGUUAAACGCUAUUCUACUCUAGUUACAAAAAAAUUUUUAGCAGACAUGUUAAAAUUAGAAGCAGAGAGAUCUAAAAUUAUUCAAGAUUUAAAUCGACGUAUUUUUGAAAAAUUUAGCUGCAGGCAGGAGUCAUGGGAGCAGAUUAUCCAUUGUCUAACAACUUUAGAUGCCAUUUGCUCUUUAGCAGAGUUUGCAAGAAGUUACUCAGAAGAGACAUGUGUACCUAAUGUACUUCCAUUUUCUGAAAAGCCCUACAUAAAAAUUAAAAAUGGACGGCAUCCUUGUAUUAACAAUGUUGAAAACUUUGUUCCCAAUGAUAUUGAAUUAGGAACAAAAGACCACCCAUGCGUUUUACUUCUUACGGGCCCAAACAUGGGAGGUAAAUCUACAUUAAUGAGACAAACUGCUGUUAUAAUGAUCCUAGCCCAAAUGGGAAGUUUUGUUCCGGCUUCAUCGUGUGAAAUGACGGUGGUAGACAGAAUAUUCACCCGUUUAGGGGCCCAAGAUAAUAUCCUUCAAGGCCAGUCUACAUUUUUCGUUGAAUUAUCUGAAGCUUCAGCUAUUCUUCAACAUGCAACUGUAAAUUCAUUCGCUCUUAUCGAUGAAUUGGGGCGCGGAACAUCCACCCACGACGGUGCAGCAGUUGCAACAGCUUACGUUCGCAAACUAGUUGAUAUAAAUUGCCGCACUGUCUUCUCAACUCAUUAUCACACCUUGGUGGAUCAUUAUAGUACAAGAUUUGAUGUACAGUUGGGACACAUGGCAUGUAUGGUUGAAAAUGAAGGAGAUGUUAUUGAGGAGACAGUUACUUUCUUGUAUAAAAUGAUGAAAGGGCAGUGUCCGAAAUCUUACGGUUUUAAUGUAGCUAAGUUAGCAGGCUUGCCCCAGAGUAUACUUAUCAGGGCUCAUGCAGUGGCCCUUGAUUUUGAAAAUACAACCAAACAGCGGUUAUUAUGCUCUAAAAUUGUAGGGUCAGAUGCCAACUCUAUAAGGUCAGUAUUAUUACAAGUAAAAUAAAUCUCAAUAUUUUAUUUUUACGAAUCUUAAAAGAUUUUCGGUACAUUUUCAUACGUUCAGUAGGUAUAGCCGCACUUUUGUUACCAUAUUUUUGUAGCGCUUUUUGUUUAAAAAUACAAUUAUCAGUAGAUA